AUGCUGCCUGCAAAGGAAGGUGCCAGCAGCAAACAGGACGACGCUGCCACCGAGGCGUGUAUUCUCCUUGCAUCGCGCCAGUAUGACGUGGAAAUGGUAUUUUCCGUGUCGUUGCGCAGUCUCGGCUUCCGCUCACUGGGCGACGCUUUCACCCGUUGCCGCGCGUUGACGCGGCUAGAUGUAUCGCGAAACCGUCUCGUCAGCCUUGAGGGUGUUGCACCGCUUGCUGACUCGCUGCAGUACCUGAACGCCGCGGAGAAUCAGCUGAAGGACUUGACAGGAAUAGACUGCUGCACACAGGUGGAGGAGUUGCUGCUUGAAGGUAACGAGCUCAGCAAUGAGGCGGCAAUCGCGCCGUUGGCGAAGCUGCCGGUUCUCCGCCAUCUCAUGCUGCAGCGGGCGGUGCGUCUUGAUGACAUGGACGAAGCGUUUCUGCUGGACAACCCCAUCUGCCGGGAGACGGCUACUUACGAGAAAAUCAUUCAACGACUUUUUGUUGCGGUGCUUUGUGUUGAUGGUCGCUGUUUUCGCGACCCACCGCCAACGGAUGUAGUGGCGAGUGCGAUGUUGGAGCUUCCCUUGGGCGACGGCCUGCAGACGACAUUGGACAUUGACGACGACAUUGAAGAGCGGAUGCUCGCUAACGCCGUGGCGGAGUGUAGCGCUGCGUGCCGAAGGGCGCUGUCUGCUUUGGAGUGA